AAUGCGAGAGCGGUGCUGCCUUUUAUCCAUUAUUACGGGUGUUAUUUAGUUUUUUUGCGCUGUCCUGGCGGCGUUUGGUAGCACACCAUGUGAAUUUUACUUUUUGAAGCACCCGGCUGACAAACUAAUCAUGGGCUAUCAAGCGCUGGAAAUCUCCGCCUGUCUUUGAUAGGAGCCGUUUAAUUUGAUAGUCGCUGUCUUUCCCCCACAAAAAUGAACUGCUUCAGUCAGAGGUUGAGACGCACGGCUCCAGUGCGUGGCAGCAGCAGAAAUGAGCUGGUGCCCUCCAAGCCUCCCAGGAUGAACGGAUGGUCGUGGCCCCCUCAGGCUUUCCAAGUGGUCGGCUGGCUGCUGUACAGCUACCUCGCCAUAGUCAGCUUCGGCAUCUACAUCCCUCUUCUGCCUCCACCAUGGAACCAAGUGGCCUAUGCUCUGACAGGCGUAGCAUUUAUUGUCCACUUUUUUACCCAUAUUGCUGCUGUGACGAUAGACCCAGCAGAUGCUAGUGUGAGGGCCAAACAGAGCUAUUCCAGUCCAUUGCCACUUUUUGACCGGACAAAGCAGCCGCAUGUCAUCCAGGACCUACGCUGUUAUCUGUGUGAUGUCAAGGUUGGCCCCAAAGUGAAACACUGUGGUGUUUGCAACAAGUGUGUGGAAGACUUUGAUCACCAUUGCAAAUGGCUGAACACCUGCGUGGGUGGCAGAAACUACUGGUGCUUCUUUGUGGCACUGUCCUCUGCUACACUAGGUGUCUUCCUCCUCAUUGUUGUCAUCUUGUUCAUAUUUAUUCAGCAUUACAUGGAUCCAAACACCCUACGGGCCGCCCCACAGUUCAACAGUGUGCUGGGGAAUGGUACCUGGCUGGUGUUCUUACCCUUAGCACCCAUGAAGACUAGUUCAGCUGGUCUCCUUAUACUAGCCUUUGUUACAGUCCUGCUGAGCAUCACCUGCCUGCUGCUGCUCGGCCAUCUGCUGGGCUUCCACUUUUACCUCUUUUAUAAAGGCAUCAGCACAUAUGAUUAUGUAAAGAUGCAGCGCCAGAAAGAAGCCAGAAACCGAGACAAAGAGGCAGGAAAUCCACAUGAUGAGAAAAUCGAUAACAGGGCAGCACAGACUCAAGAGAGCUCAGUUGACUGUGAGCCAGCAUUAUCACAGAGUUCAAGUACCUGCAAAUUUGACAAUAAGGGCUUACUCACAAGCCGACUUUCAGAGUCCAUAUGCACGGAGUUGGAAAACUUUAAGAAAUCAGCAGAAAAGGAGAAUAGUUUCCAUUACGGCACAGAAAACCCCACAGAGCACACAGCAGGGGAAAUCUGUAUGAACGACAACAAAAGCUGGAAGCCUGAGGCUGAUGAAGAGGCUCAGAGCGCCAGCGUGAAGUCUGCUGACAGUGUUCCGGGAGUGCAGGACCCUCUGGGCAGCUCAGUCAUGACUCCAGAUGAUACUUAGCAGUAGCCGACGUCUGCAUGGUGGUGCAUCAGGAUAUGCUGCUCUGAGCAACUAUUUAUUCUGAAGACAUGCUUUAUGAAACUGAGCCACACAACCAAGGACCAUUGUUGGCAGGGACAGCAGACUUCUUGGACCUGACAGCAAUUUGAUAGAUAACUAUGGACCUGUACUUGUGUUUUGUUCCUUUUUAUCUACGUUAUGUGUUUUUAUGAUGAUGGUUGAAUUAUUUAAACAUUGUUUUAUCUGUCUGUUCUGUAUAGAGAGCCAAAGUCCAGCCCCACUUCCAGGUUAGCCUCUGUUCUACUAGCCUAAGUCAAAUGUACGAAGUUCACUGUUCAUAUUCUAAGCCAAAUGAGUAUCGAAUGCUUUACUGACAGUAACCUUUUGGCAUCUUGUCAUUUUAGCUGAUGACCAAAGAGAACAUAUUCUGUGGCAAAAACACCUUCUCUAGCUGAAAGUAGUGGAACAGAUGCUUGCUUGAAAAGGGAACAUCACUUCAGCUUUCUAUUGCUGUUUUAUUAAGUGUUGAUUUCACAAAACUGGCACUGUCCAGUGACUGU